CUCCCGCAGGUCCUUCUUCAUCAUGGGCUAUUCCCUACUGCACCCUCACAACCUCGCAUGGAAAUCUCUGUCGAUCUACUGUCAUUUUAUCGUGCACUUUUUGAGUGUUCUUGUGAUGCCAUCAAUGCUCUUGCAUCCACGCUUAAAACCCACUAUUCAUGUCAAGGGUUUCAAGUGACCGAUGCAUGGGUA